AUGUCCAAACCCGGCUGGACCACGGUGGCUCUGGCGGCUGCACUCAGUUCGCUGGCGACCGCCUGCGUGCUGACCUUUACAAAAUGCAAUCCCAACUUCUACGACGACGUGCGAACACAAAAACCUGCUGAGUCAGCGUCGAAAUCCACAUCUGCUUCAAAGCCCUUCCUGGCUCCCUCUGACGACGAGCAGGAAGAGCUGAUUCUUGAACAGCUUGCGCGAUCCCGUGUGUUCUUCGGUGACGAUGGACUGGAGGUGAUUCGAAAGUCCUCGGUGGUUAUCGUGGGUGCUGGAGGAGUGGGCUCUUGGGCCGCUACCAUGCUGCUUCGAUCUGGUGUUGGAAACGUGCGGUUGGUGGACUUUGACCAGGUGACUCUCUCGUCUCUUAACAGACAUGCCACCGCCAGCAGAGCCCAUGUUGGUAUCCCCAAGGUGGAGUCUGUGAAGCAGUACUUUAGCGGAGUCGUCCCCUGGGCCAACAUCGAGGCUGUCCAGGACCUGUGGGUGCCUGCCAAGCUGAGUAAGAGCGAGCAAGAAUACACUGAGAUGGCCGAACGACUUAUCUAUGUUAACGGCGACAAGCCCGACUGGGUGCUGGACUGCAUCGACAACAUUGACGCCAAGGUGGACCUGCUGCAUUUCUGCAAGUCCCGUGAUAUCAAGGUCAUUUCGUCCAUGGGUGCGGGAUGCAAGAGUGAUUUCACCCAAGUCCGUAUUGCCGACAUCUCCCAGACUGCCGAGGAUCCCCUUUCCAAGGCCACUCGAGUCAAGCUUCGAAAGCUCGGUGUCUACGAAGGUAUUCCUGUGAUCUUCUCGACUGAGAAGCCAGGAGAAGCCAAACUGCUUCCCUUGGAAGAUUCUGAGUUUGAAAAGAAGAACGAGGAAAACGAGACAACUGUCGGUGAGCUAUCCGUUCUACCCCAGUACCGUGUGCGGAUUCUGCCUGUCCUGGGCUCCCUACCUGCCAUUUUUGGACUCUCCAUGGCCACCCAUGUGCUUACAUCUAUCGGGGAUUACGCCAGCAUUCCUGAAUACAUUGUCACUCAAAGCCGACACAAGCCCAAGGCCUACGACCAGAUUCAGCAGACCUUGGUUGGCCAGCUGGCUCGGGAAAGUAAGCGUCGAACCGGAGAAAACGGUAUUCGAAUUGCGGCUCCUUUUGACUCAGCCGACGUCGGCUAUCUUGUCGAGGAGGUAUACAAGAACAAGUCCGUAAUUUCAGGCGAAUGUUCGCGACUGUCGCUUUCGCGAUGGAGAAAGGAGGGCCCUAUUAACCUGCAGAAUGUGGUUGUCAUGACCAAGGACGAGCAGAAGAAGCAUGAGGAACUAGUCUUGCGCGACGAGAACCCCAUGACCGUGGAGGAAGUGUAUCCGGAGUGGGUUCUGAAUCAAGUUGAGCAUAGAUUGAGACAGGAGAAGCAUUAUUCUAUGUAUAGAUAG